AUGUCAGGGAAGAGCCCGAGAAAGCUAGCAGCAGGGAAGAAGCCAACUACGUUGAAAGCGCUUCAGAGUAAGAUGGGAGUUUCUGGGGAGAAGCCACCUAAUCUGAGCGGUAGACCGAGACGAUUCAGUCUUAUAUAUUCUAGUGAUUCGUCGCUGAGUGAUAUUCCUCAGGAUAUGGGGAAGAAGAGUGCUGUUUUCAAGAAUAGGAAAGGGGCAUCGAAGGUGAAGAGGCAGUAUUCUAAUUCUGUGGGUAAGAAUGGGAAGCUGAUAUCGAAUGGUCGCGAGGAAUCUGCGAUUGCGUCUGAUUCGGAGGUGUCUGAGGUUCAGUCUGGGUCUGAGGAAAUUGAGGACUUGGAGGAGGAGGACGAUGAUGAUGACGACGACGAUGAUGACGACGAUGAUGACGAUGAUGAUAGCGAUGGCUCGAUGACCAGCUCGGACGAUGACAUUGAUUUUGUCAGACUUACUGCGGAACGUAAGAAAAAUGCUAUGAAGCAACUGCAUGCCUUGAAGAGGGGCAAGACUCCUGCUGAUAUUUCGGGGAAAACCGUUGGUGGUAUAAGAAGCGAGUACUCCGGGGUGAAGAUGGGUUCUCAUUCGGACUCAGAUUCAGAUUCAGGUUCGAAUUCCCAUUCCAAUUCUAAUUCGGAUUCGGAUUCUGAUCGUGACCAUGGCCAUGGCCAUGGUCAUGGUCGUGGUCAUGACUCAGAUGUGUCGAGCUCAGAACUAUCAGACGCUCCAGAACUAGACUUCAACUUCAAAGGAGACGACGGUAUCAAGUUUGGCGAUGCGGCUACGGUUUCCAACGAGGUAGUAGAAGAUCUAGGCGAGGAAGUCAAGGAGGAAGAUCAAUUAGCAACAGUGGAUUCAGGUAAACCAAAUGUUGAUAGAUUGGCCGUGCCAAACUUCUCGGAUAGCGAAGAAUCAGACUACAAUAUUGACCAAGAAGCAUACUUCAAAACCAUCGAUGAGGAUAACAACGAAAGCAUAACGGGCAUGGACCCCGGGAUCGAGACUGGAGAUGACGAUAUGGCUAUACUGGAUGCGGAAGAACAGAAUAUGGUGAAACAGUUGGAACACGACGGACAAUCUUCCUUCUACGAGUCUCAGGACGAUCAUGAUAAGGACAACAAGGACAAUGAUAAGAAUAACGAGGACUUGGACUACGAUGAAGACGAUGACGAAGAUGCCAUCAUGAGCGAUUUCGACAUGCCAUUUUACGAAGAUCCAAAGUUUUCCAACCUGUACUAUUACGACGGGAGCGACCAGCCUCUAACGUUAAGCACCUCGCUUCCUCUAGUGUUGAGCGAGGAGAAACGUAAGAGAGAGGAGCGUAGACAGAUGAGACAGCGGGAAAGACAAGAACGGCUCAAGAGAAGAAUGAAGAGUAAGCGAUCUAAACGUGAACACUCUGCGACACCAGAUCUGGCCGAUGACGAAUACGUGUUUGGAUUGUUCUUCCAAAGCGAUGAUGAGAGAAGACCUCGGAUCCUGAAUGAUCUGGAGUCUCCCUUGCGUCGUCUCAGUACAGUAGCCGUUUCUGACAAGGAUCUUUCGUCUGGUGACGAUGAGUACGAGGAUAUUUUGUUGGAUAUUGCCCACAUGCCUACGGAUGAGGAAGAUGAUGAUGAUGAUCACAGUGUUAGCGGUGCUGACGAUGAAGAUGGUUCAAAGAAGUUGAAAAAACGUCUUCACGGCAACGCCAAGGGGAACGGGAACGGGAAAUCGGAUUUGGAUCGGAGUGAUCUGGAUGGUGAUGAUGAAGAUGACGACGACGACGACGACGUUGAUAUCGAUGAUUAUGACGACGAUGACGAUUAUGACGAUGACAUUAGCGUCACCAACGUGUUCAUCGAUAUCGAUGACCUUGACCCAGAUGGAUUCUACUUCCACUACGAUUCCCUCUCGGACGAAGAUGGUAUGGACAGCAAGAGCUAUCCAGAAACACCGGAUGACCAUGUAGAGGCCGUGAUAUACGUUGAUGACGAGUCUACAGACGAAGACGAGACAUUGCCUCCCCCAAACACAAGGAGAAAGAUUGGUACAAAGGCCAAGGAAGUUGUCAGUGCGAACGUUGUUGGUUUGAAACCACCCAAGCUUGGCACUUGGAAAACGGAUAACAAGCCCUUUAGUAUCAUUGACGGUCUUUCGACGAAGUCUUUGUACCCUGCGAUUCAGCAACUUCAACAAAUCGUGGAUCCUAGAAGCGCAGGAGCAGGAGGAACAGAUAUGGAAGAUGUAUCAUCGCCAAACGGCGGGGGUCUUGGUAUCGGCCCAGGUUCGGGUUCUGCAGGAGAGAAAGAGGAACUUACUCUAAACGAGUUACUCAACAUGAGUGAACUCGAAGACGACGACGACGACGAAGGCGAGUCCACGUUGAAGGGUAAGGAUAUUUCUACAUGGUACCACAAACCCUCUGUCCCGCUCUCUGCAUUUAGAAACAAGGGUGUGAGUGUUGAACACCAGGAGGACGAGUACAUGCUCCCCGUUUUCUCUGCCAGAAAGUUCCCUAUCGGCUAUGUGGGCAGCGAGCGGACAAGAAGAAAGAUCGACAAGAUGAAGGAGUACCAGCGCAAGAAGGACGAAAAGCGCAGGAAACUCAAGAAGAAGAAGAAGCUGCUGAAGAUGAAACGGGAAAGACAAAGGCUUGAGAAACAAAAGUUGCUAAGUGCAACUGAAGACGAAGCGGACGUAAAACUCGAGCAAACGUCUGGCAAUACUACUGCUGGCACUACUGCUGGCACUACUGAUACUACUGCUAACAUCGCAGCGAAUUCCCUGGCUAGUCCAGGGUCUAGCAUCAUGACGGAUACUACCAAUACUCCACACAACCACCACCACCUCGACCUCGACCUCGCGCUUCCUCCACGGAAGAAUUCCGUAAAGGGUCUUGGAAUGGAAGACAUUGACGAAUUGCUCAAGUCCGACGAGGAACUAAUGUUGACCCACCAUGGCGAUCUCGACGGUGAUAUCGACCUGCUGGGAAGCGAAGAUGCUGAUCUGCUCGUCUCUCUUGCGGCUCCUAUAGAUGAACUGGAUUUCGACGACAAGCAAAUGAGUAACAUUGCUGCUUGGAGAAGAAGAAACAGUAUUGCUGAGGCUGCUGCUGAAAACAUGAGAGUCACUAAAAACGGGCUCUUUAGCGAAACAGCACUAGCAGAUUUAGAAGAAAUCAUUGGUGGAUCAGCUGAACUGCCAAAGUUGACUUAG